UCUCUUGUUCAUCGUCGAAUCGGAAGUCGUUAUAUAUUUUCGUUCCGUGUGAUCUGUGUUUCGUGUUAUCUUUUCAAUUUCACUUGGAUGUGCAAUUGCCGACGCUAAAAAUAAGUACUGCGUGCAAGAAAAUAAAGAGUAUCGCUCAGUGUAAAUAUCAACGAAUAUAUAAAAUUUAAAUAAAAGAAACGCCACGUUUUCGCGUUCUACAAAAACUCUCCCAUAAAACGCUCAAGCGGCACAGGCACAUUACAUAUACGCGACCACGCCGUAUAAUUAGUUACUUGUCGCUGAUAUUUUAAACUAGCCGCAUGGCAACAGCGUUCUUCUCGGCCAUUAAAUGAUUUGAAGUGACACAAGUUUUUAUAAUCGAAACAAAUUGAAUUAUUUCGCCAAACCGGUGCUAAAGAAAACCAUUCGCAAAGGUAUCGAAAACCGGGAAAAGUUAUAUCCACCAUACACAGUGCGUUUCCAAUGUAGCCCUUCAUGGAUAAUUAACACGAGAGCGUUGUGUGACUAUAUAGCAAUAUCGUGUUAAAGCAACAAAUAUCGCAGUGGCUGAAUUUAGCAGCGAUCCAACCAAUAGUGCUCCCCUUCAAUCAACACCCCUGCGAAUUUCACUCACUUGUCAGUGCGGAAUUUUUGCCUGAGUCACGAGCCAUUUCAAUUUUCCGUUCUUCAAAUGGGUUGACUUGUGACAUUGCAGCUUCCUGGACCCGGGAAACAAAAAGGGAUACAACUUGAACCUCAAAAGACAUAGCCAAGAGAAACAGAGAAGCACAUCUCCACUUCCAUAGUCCCCACCGAAAUCACUGAGAAGUCAUAGUUAAAGUAGACUUAACCACCUGGAAACCGUUGGAAUCUCUGCUUGAAAGCAGUCUACCACCCAUGAACCACUCGGCCAGAGCGCUCAACAGCGUGGCCACCGAGAUCAGCAGCAGCAGCUCCUGCCCUUGCACCUACACCUGCCCCCCAUCACAGAAUCACCUGCACACUGGCCACCUAAUUGCACAUCGUCUUGGCCACUCGUACGCAGCUCGCGCCGAUCACAAUUAUCAGGGAUAAAAUCGAGGAAUUGAAAAAGGA